CAGUAAAGGGAGGCGUGUCUGGUUAAUAAUUUAUUAAAUGUGAUCAGCUGAUCCUCUCAGGACCAUAAAUUGACAGAGUUCCUGACACAUUGUCUCCGGCAAAGAGGAGGUUGAAGGUAAGAACUGAUCUUUAUGUCACUGCAUUUUUUAAGGUCUUGAAAAUGUUCGGUUAGAUCAUAGUUAGUUAAGAUUAGGGUUGCAAAAUUCAGAUAAAUUCCAUAGUUUUCCAAAAGUCCCAGUUGGAGGAUAUUCGGAAUCAGGAGGGAAUAAGCAGGAAAUCUGGAAUCCUCCAAUCAGGAUUUCUGGAAAAACAGGGAAUUUAUUGAAAGUUCCUGAUAUUUUGCAACCCUAGUCAAGAUAAUAAGUACCUAGUUAUGAUAGUUAGCAGUACCUAGAUAUGAUAGGUAUUACAUGCUAAAUCUGGGAGAGUGAGUAGGUGUUUGCAAGGUGAAAUGAUAAUACAAGUGAAUCUAAGUCUGUGCCCAGGAAAUGUUCCUAUGUGAGGCUAUAAUGAACACAUACAGUACUGUAUAUCUUAUAUUUGCUGAUUUUAUGAACAUGUACGAUUUAGGGAUUUCAUCACCUCAGUCAUUUUGAAACCAUGUUUAACAAGUGACAAACCUCAUGACAUGGCUAAAAGAGUUAAGGAAGUCAUACUGUUGUAAUUUCUAGAUAGGUAUUAGAGUACGGGUUACACUUUACUUAAAGUAUGGUAAUAACACGUACCGCAUAAUGGUUUUUAAAAUCUGUGCAGAGUAGUAAUGACAUUGUCCAUUCUUUCUCCCCAGGUAGAUAAAAUGUGGGGUAUAUCUUAUUGUGCGAUAGUGGCUGUGCUGCUCUGCGUGGCCUGGGCGGCGCCCCACGACGGGGACCACGCCGGUCACACAGAAGACCACCACCAUCACCUCCACCACGCCGCCGGCGAGGCCCACCCCCAGCACGGACACGGCCACGGGGACGAAGAGUCCUGCCACAAGCUGGCGCCCCACAACGCAGACUUCGCCUUCGCCCUCUACAGGAGCCUGAGCAAAGCCAACACCGAGAACAUGAACAUUUUCUUCUCUCCUCUGGGCAUUGCCACUAGCCUGGCUAUGCUGUCCCUUGGGGCUAAGGGAGACACCCACAGUCAGCUGUACUCCACUCUGGGCUACGGAGCCUUCACACCGGACCAGGUGAACAAGGCCUAUGAGCACCUGAACCACAUGUUGGGCCACACUGGGGAGGCCAUGCAGCUGGACAUGGGCAAUGCCUUGGCCUUGAGGGACGGCUUCAAGCCCCUGGCCAAGUUCCUGGAGGACGCUAAGCACUUCUACGCCAGCGAAGGCUUCACUGUCGACUUUAAGAACCCCGCUGAGGCUGCCGCCGAGAUCAACAAGUUCAUCGCCAAGAAGACCCAGGACAAGAUCACGGACAUGGUGAAGGAUCUGGACCCUGAUACGGCCAUGGUGCUCAUCAACUACGUCUUCUUCAGAGGUAGGAGGAGGACACUGUAGUAGGAGAAAAUGGUCAGGCACUUAUUGUUGGAUUUAAGAACAACGAUAGAAUACAAAUCAUUGAUCAAUUGACUGACUGACUGACUGACUGACUGACUGACUGACUGACUGACUGACUGACUAACUGAUUUCCACACACGGUAAACAGAAGAUGUGUCAAUAAAGAAUUAAAAGAAAAUGUAUGCAGGACAAACUAAAAACAAUAUAGGCUAAUAACAUUGUCUGUUUCUGCUUGCAUGUUUACUACCCCUUAGUAACAAUGUCCUCUACCUCCCUCCCCAGGGAAGUGGGAUAAGCCUUUCGAUGCCACGCUGACCCACAAGGCUGACUUCAAGGUGGACGAGAACACCAAGGUGCAGGUGGACAUGAUGAAGAGGACGGGUCGUUAUGAGUUGUACCAGGACCAGGAUAACUUCACCACCGUGGUCAUGCUGCCUUACAAAGGCAACUCCUCAAUGAUGGUGGUCCUGCCCAACGACGGCAAGAUGGAGCAUGUGGAGGCCUUCAUCAACAAGGACUACCUGAAGCACGUGCACGAGCAUCUGUUCAGGACGUGAGAACACCUGAUUUUAUACACUUUUCUAAUGUAACUUUCUUUAUUAAUUCAUGGUAUACGGUCACUUUAGUACUGCAGCCUCUUUAGGAGUUAAGGAGAGUAGAUUGUUUAGAACUUUUUUUAUUGGACACCUUUUCAGUAUAACGCAACCUAUUCUUUAUGUAUGAUUUAUUUGUAUCUAUUCUUAACAUAAGGUCAGGGUAGUUUGUUAAUCAACUGACAAGACCAAGUUUGCAAUGAGUAUCAGAUGGUAUCAUAUAAAGAGAUUCUUAAUGCAGAUUAACAUUUUAAUGUGGCUUGCAUUUGCAAGCAGCAGGAUCAUGCACGUUUCUUUGUGCUGAUAGUAUAAACUGAGUAUAUGAAAAUGAUAAUGUCUCUUUCAGCAACGUGGAUAUCUUCAUGCCAAAGUUCUCUACCUCUACCUCCUACUCCCUGGGAGACCAUCUGAAGGACAUGGGUGUGGUCAGUGCCUUCGGUAACACAGCUGACUUCUCUGCCAUCUCUGAGGAAACCAAACUGAAGGUGUCCAAGGUGGGUUCUAAUGAUCAGUCCUAUCCAUCUCAUGUCUGUCUCUUCUCUUGUCUGUCUGAGGGAAUUGGGAGCAAAAUAGAAGAAGAAUGUCUGUCUCUGUUGGACUACUAAGGGUCUAUUCCAUUCUAUUAUAUUCUAUUAUGUGUAUAGGCCACGUAGGGGACAGUGGUGUCAAGUUCAACAAAUUAACAUGUUCCUGUUCCCUCCCCAGGUUACCCACAAGGCUGUGCUGAGUGUAGAUGAGAAGGGGACUGAGGCGUCCGCUGUCACUACGACAGAGAUCAUGCCCAUGUCUCUCCCAGACACCAUCAUGCUCAACAGGCCCUUCCUGCUCUUCAUCCUGGAGGACUCUACCAAGAGCAUCGUCUUCAUGGGCAAGGUCACCAAUCCCAGCCCCAAAUGAACUACAGAGAGGGAGGGAAAGGGAGGGAGAGAGGGAAAAAGAGGAAGAUUGUGAAGGACAUCUGAGGAGAUUUAAGAAAGGUUUUUGUCUCUCAUGCUUUAACAAGUGGCAAAACAUAUCUGUAUCUGACUUUGCGGUUUGCAGUUGUGGCAUUCAAGUGUCGGCCAUUUUGUCUACAUGUGUUUUUGUAUCAACUGUAUACCUUAUAGCAGAGGUGUGUGUGUUUGUGUUUGCAGUUGGCUUAAAAUCAUACUGAUGUCCAUGCUGGUCUGGUGAUAGUGAUAUACCAUCGUUAUGUCUCUGGAAGUUGUCUAAUGCAUCUUCAUGAAAUAAAACCGUCUCCCAACAGCAUUAAAAAUAAAUGUUAUGUCAUAAUUUUGAACAGUUUAUACUAGGCUGAUGUCUCAAGCAUGGGUUUAUCUGCAUGCAUUUCGACUGAUAUCUCAUCUUGAUUGUGAUCAUCUCAAAUCAUUGAUUGGGUUAGAUAGCCCCAUGUCAGCAUUGCCAUUCUUCUUUGAUGUAGAAUUUUCCAAAUUUUCCAAUGGACUAGCAUUUUAAAUCUGUGUAUUGCCAGGUAGACUGCUGUCUGUCAAGAACAGUGAUCUGGAUGGAUCCUGAGCUAAAACGUUUUCCCAGUAGAGGAUAGGGACCUGCGUAGCCUGAGGUUCAUCGGCCCUAGCUGAGUCUGUGACCUUUGACCUGUAAAUAGACAGUUGCUGCUGGGAAGUUUAUGUAAUCAAUCAAUACCACCUGUCCUCAUUCUAUCCCCUCAUAUGCUGACUCGUGAGAAAGACAUGAGGGAAACAUACACACCUGACCCCAUAUGGUAUGGUCUGUGGACUGUGUCUUCAGAUAAAAAAUAUCUUCAAAUUUAGCUUUUGAUUAUUUCAUUUUUCCUGUUUCAGGACAAAACAAUAAUCCAAUUGUAAAGAUACAGAUACAAAUAUCUAAUACCAUUUGUUAAGACACAUACUGUAUAUUGCUUCAACCACAAAAUGAACACUGAACAACUUCAACACAGAUGGCUGACAAAUCGAAACAGAACAAUGCAGUACUUCAUGGAAUUCACUUUCAUUGAUCCGUGGGUGCUCCUAGAAAUCAGUGUGUGAAGAAAAGCAUUAUAUACAGUGAAUCCCUGAGACAUAUUUUAAGACCAACGUUCGACAUACAGUAAUUGUACACGCAUUGCAUUGGAGGGAAAAACUGAUAGAAUAAGUUAUGGACAAUAUCUCUUAGAGGGGGGUGCCCCACAUCUCAAUGGUGUGUCUAAUCUACCCAUUCUUCCCAGACCAGUUGAUAACCCAAGCACCAUUUUGAACCUUCAAAAAAACCAACCAGCUUUGUUCGUCAUUAGCUUGUUCAAACUCCCUCUUCUUCCCAACCCCAACCCCUUCAUCUUCAAACCCCAACCCCCUCUUCUUCAAACCCCAACCCACUCUUCUUCAAACCCCAACUUCCUCAUCCUCUCAUCCCCAA